ACACAAAUAGCUGCUGUAUUGUCGGAGAGCGACACUGCAUUUGGUGUUGUUACAUGUAGCCACAGUAGCUUGUCGUCAGUACUAAAUUAGUGACCUAGAUUUUCACUAGAGAUGUGGUUAAAUGUUUCGGGCAGAUGCAUAGAGAGCUCUCCCUUCUCCCUGUCAAAAACAGACGACAAGUCCUGGAGCUAACUCGCGAUUCACGGGGGCGUUCAGCCUACAGUAAAACUUCUGCAAGGACUUUGUUCAGAGUUUAAAAUUCACGCUAAAAUUGCCAAAAUGGAGAUGCAGGAAGGGGCAGCGACAGCAGGCGACAGCGUGCUUGACUUUUCCCGUUUGAGUCUGAACACUUUUAGCGUUGAAAGUAUCAGCGACGAGAGGAAAAGGGACACCAAACAGCUCUACCUGAACUACAACCGGCUAGCCUUGCUCCCCUCGUCAGUCAGCCUUUUCUGCAACCUCGAGUUUUUGGACAUCAGCAAUAACGGACUGUCGGCCAUCUGUGAGGGCAUUACGCGACUGACCAGGCUGAAAACACUGAUAGCCAAGAACAACCGCCUGGAUGAGUUUUCGCUGCCCAAAGAGUUCGGCUCUCUGCAGCUGGAGGUGUUGAACUUUAGUGGGAACCGAUUUGAGGAGAUCCCACUUCAGUGUAUGAAACUGCUGCGCCUUCAGUCGCUUUCACUCGGCGGAAACAGACUGAAAAGUAUACCUGCAGAGAUAGAAAAUCUAACCAGUCUGGAGCUGUUGUAUCUGGGUGGAAACCUCAUCUCAGCCAUUCCUCCAGAAGUGGCUAACCUGCCCUACCUCAGCUACCUGGUCCUAUGUGACAACCGCAUCCAAAGUGUCCCCCCGCAGCUCACCAGGCUCCACUCGCUGCGAUCUUUAAGUCUCCACAACAACUUGCUCACCUACCUGCCGAGGGAGAUCCUCUGCCUGGUGCACCUGCAAGAGCUCAGUCUCCGUGGCAACCCACUGGUGGUGCGCUUUGUCAAGGAGAUGACCUAUGACCCCCCAUCACUGCUAGAGUUGGCAGGACGUACCGUUAAGAGCAGAAAUAUUCCCUACUACCCCUGUGACCUGCCCUCAAACCUGCUGCGCUACUUAGACCUGGCUAGCAAGUGCCCCAACCCCAAGUGUGCCGGUGUCUACUUUGAUUCAUGUGUGCGCCAGAUCAAAUUUGUAGACUUCUGUGGAAAGUACCGGCUGCCCCUCAUGCACUACCUGUGCUCCCCAGAGUGCACCUCUCCCUGCAGCUCCAACCCCCAGAGCGACGCAGAGUCGGAGGACGAGAGCAGUGUGCCCGCUUACCGCCUGCAGAGGGUGCUCCUGGGAUAGUACGACAUAGAGGAGCCUCUCACCCUCUGGCCAAGCCCGGCCCUCUCAUUCUGUCACUGUGUUCAACAUUUAUACAGAGAUGAACUUGGCUGUCAGACUUUACUACACAUAAACACACAUACCCACACACACACAAACACCAAUACCGUUUUACAGACAGCCUAAGUGGCUGUAUAUAACGCACAGAAUGUGAGACAGCGGUCCUUCCUACUGUAGCCCUGAACACAUUUUUUUGGAAAGGAAUCUGUUCCCUGUCUCUCCACACAUCACUCUACAUAACAUGAGUCAAGGAAACCUCAUAUUUCCCAUGUAGCCAUGCAAAUCCACUGUCUGUCAGUCAUGACUCCAUGAAAGUGCUGGUCUCAUGGUCGAACAUAGGAGAGUAGUAAAACUCAAUGAAGACUGAAGGAGUAGCAGGAUUCUUUUCCUUUUCAGGGAAACAUACUUUAUCUUUCAUACGAUACAUGGUGCUUUUUAUUAGCUACAGCACAUUAUUCUGCAUUUUCUGAAAGUUUGGAUAUGAACAAUGUGGUUUUUGUCCAACUGCUAGUGACACACAAGCCAGGUUUCAUUUAAAUUUCUCUUACUAGGUGAGCAUCAAUGCUGCUAUGCCAACUAUGAAAAAAGUCUGGGAUUUUUGAAGUAUGUCACAGAAACAUUAGUUUUAUGCUACAGUAUGCUAAAUUGAUUGAGUAGAUGUGUGAGAUGGCCUUAUUUACACUGUGUGUGGUCCUGCUGGGCGAAGGUUUUGUACAGUAAAGCUGUCCCACACAAUAUCAAAAGAUCAAGGUUUAUCUGUUUUUGUUAGCACCGUGGUCAUUGCACACCAGCCUUGAAAAACUAGUUGUUUUAAAUUAACCCAGAGUAUGAGAUAUGUGAGUAUGUGGAAGAAAGCUUGUCCAGGCGUACUCACAGGAAGUGGAUGUAGGGUGGACCCGGGAAAACCAUUCACUGUGCUAGCACAGAAACAAUAGCUAUUCAGCAAAACACAGUAGCAGCCUUCAUGUUUAUGUUGAGGGCUGUCUGUUUUCUCUGGGCUUAAGAAUAUAGAUGUGUGUGAAUGGAGGAUCAGAGAGAGUUAUCUUCUGAAUUGAUUUUUUAUGAGACAGAAACUCCUACAUUUCUAACAGGAAACCACUUCUUUUCCUGAUUACAUCUCUGCUUCAUCUCCCUGCUUGUUUGGAAGGCCGGGAGAUUUUAUAGCCUCCCAGUUUGUGUCCAUGAGUGAGGAGGAAAAACUCCCCAUGGCUUCACAUUAGACUUGUGUUUAGAAAACAGAAGACCUCUCCUCUGUUACAGUAACACCUAUACCAGAGUAUUUUAUAAUGGCGACUUCUAACACAGUGAAACAGAAUAUGAAGAAAUGUGAUAUAUGCACCCGGAAAUGUGACAAGAUUAACAUUAUGAAUUAUAAAGUCCUGUUUUUGAGUGAUUUUUGUACUCAUCAGCUUAACAACAGUAAAGAGACAAAGUAACCUUUUUAUAACAAAAUGAACUGCUUUUAUAGAAAUCUGUUUUCAAAUGUUUAAAUACUACAUAUUUAAAUGACCUGCAGAAUAGAUGGCACUUAAACAGAAAAUAUAUUGAGAUAUAUUAAUUGUAUUUACUUGUAACCCCUUCAGAUAAUGUAAGUAGACUGUACAGAAUAUCAUUACAAUAAUAAAGACUGAUUGUAAUAGCUUUCAAA